GUCCUCAGCUUAAGACUCUUUUUCCAGCUUCCUUCAUCAAUCAUAUGAAGCAAAUUGAAAGAAUACAUGCAAAUGGUAAAAUUGAAACAUUUGCAGAGGAUGAAGCUUCCCAGUUGGUUCCCCAUGAGAUUGUAUUAUUCCCAAGCUUGAGAUUUUGGGUAACCCACUGCAAAUCGGUCAAAAGAAGAAGCUGUUGGGUUAAACCAGAUUCAUUUCCCAAACUGGAAGAUCUAAAAGUGAUUGGUUCCAAGGAUGAGGACAUGGUUAAUUUUCCAUUCGAAAUGCAUCAAAUAUUAUACGGAAUUGAAAAUAUCACAUUUCAACAUGUCUUCGAAUUAGUAAAAGUAUUUAAGAAUGGAAAAGAAAGCAACAGGAAUUAUGAAAGUAGUACUGUUGUAAAAGUGAAGCAUUUAACUUUGAAUAAUCUUCCUGACCUUACACACGUGUGGGAUGACAACCUAAGUUGCUGCUUUGAUAGUUUGGAAAAGAUUGAAAUAGAAAGAUGUAAGAAACUGAAGUAUUUACUGCCAUCAUCAAUUACAUUCUUCAAUUUGACACGUAUUGCAGUUGAUUAUUGCACUGGAAUGAUGCAUUUGUUUAAGUCUUCGGUUGCGAAGGAUCUAGUGAAUCUCAAGGGAAUGUCCAUAACAAAUUGUACAGAAAUGAGUUGUAUAGUUGAUGUGGCAGAAGAAGAAGAAGAAAGCAGGGAAGAAGAAAUUGUUUUCAAUAGAUUGGAAUAUUUGGAAUUGUAUAAUUUACCAAGAUUGACUUGCUUUUGCUUUGGAAAAUGCUUACUUAAGUUCUUCUGCUUGAAGAUAUUGGACAUAAAAAAAUGUCCUGAAAUGAAGACAUUUUCAUAUGGAAAAAUAAGUGCGCCCAAAUUGUUAUUUAUGUCCAUGGAGAGAGAAAAAUUAUCGACAACUCAUGGAAUAAAUGCCAUUAUUGAAGACACCUGGAACGAUGAGAUUCUCAGAAGCAUCAAAAAUUUGUUCACAAAACAUUAGAAUGAAAAGGAAGAUGGUGAAGAUUCUAUCAUUUAGAGAACGAAAAGAAAGAUGGUGAAGAUUCUAUCAUUUAAAGGUAAGUAUAUGGUGACUAUAGAAUGCUUGCCCUAAUUUCAAUGAAACACACUUCAUUUAUUUAUAAUGAUAGUACAUUUAAUGUACUAUUUCAUGUCCUAUAUUUAGGCCAGAUUUAUUGAUAUCAAGUGAUUUAUUUUCAAUUUUGUAGAAAUGGAGUGAUUCGAGGUCGUUUUGAGGUAUUUAAAAGGAAUUGAAUUAAAUUGGAGUUAAUCAAAUCUAAAUUGAACAACCGAGUGAUAAAAACAAGAGUUCAAGCCAAUAAACUCGAGCAGACAACGUGGAUACACUAUGGACAUUGAUCAAAUAUGUGGCUUGCUCAUUUAGACACUUUUGAAAAUUUAGGUAGCAUGUGCUUGACAUUAUCGUGUUUUCUUAUAAAUGAGUAAUUUCCAUUUUUAGGUCAUAACUUUUGAAGAAAGUAUCUAUUUGGUUGAAGAACCUAUCCGUGUCUCUUUCUUAUUCUUCUUAUUCUUUUUUGUUUGUUUUUUUUUUAUUAUUUUUUAUUUUACCCUCACUUUUCAUCUAUAUUCUUAGGUUUCAUAAAUUCCAAGUGAAUUUUGAGCUAUGUCUUAA